GAAUAGAUAUUGAUCAAUCUGCUGUAGUUGUACCUUGUUACUAUAUUAAGUGUAGCUGUGUUAACAUUGUCAGGUUUAAAAUGGAGACUACAGUUGUUAAUUCUACUAGAGCAAUAAGGCAUAAGAGAAAAUCAUUAAUAAUUGGAAUAUUACUGUUCGCAUUAAAUGGAGCAUGUGAUGGAUAUGACAUGGAAAACUACUGCGGUGAAGAGUUUAGUUUCAUCUUGAAGGAUGAGUACCAGAUAAAGUUCGAUCUAGAUGACAUGUACAUUUAUGAUAAUGCUGACGACUACACAUACAGAAGAGGAUACUGUGAAACCAAGUUCGAAGCCUGGUACACAACCUAUUCAAAACUUAUGUUCUAUUUUGAAGAUCUAGACCUCGAUUGUGAUAAAGGCCAUCUCGAGUUUUACACUGAUGAUAGUGGUUAUAUACGUGUGCCGGGCUUGGAGAGUGACAUUUGUGGGUACGACAAACCACACGGUGUAUUUACUGUAGACACACGAUAUUUCCGAAUCAAAUACGUCCCUAAAAGUAGCCAGUACAUCAGUGAUAUAUUUUCUAUUAUCAUUACAAUUUAUGGGGACGGUUAUUGUCCAAGCUAUGCACACGAAUGUGCCAACUCUCGGUGUAUAGAUGAUGAUCUUGCGUGUAAUGGCUACGACUCGUGUGGUGAUGGCUCUGGUUGUGACCUAGGCACGGGUGCAAUCGUCGGUAUAGUCAUAGGAAGUCUUACUGGAUUAGCGUUAAUUGUCAGUGUAGUGAUAUGCUGCAUUUGUUGCACGAGGCGUAGUGGGCAAACUCCCGGAGUAGUGCAGAACACAGCCAAUCCAGCGGUCACAUUAGCUCCGAAUCAACAGUUAUAUAGCCAACCAAUGUACGGGGUUAACCAGGGAUCGCCGUACAACCCAAGCCAAUUUCCAUACCCUCUUGCCACAGCUACGCCUUCUAACCAACCGGGUUACAGCCAUCCAAUAUAUGAUGUUAAUCAGGGAACACAAUAUCCUACAAACCAGACAAACUAUCCUAUCAUGUCGCCAAAUUCAGAGACCAAUCAACAACCAACUGACGAGAAACAGUACAGUGCUCCUCCACCACAGUAUAGUGAAAUCUUCGCAAACUCUGAACAAGACACUAAUCAGACAAUGCAUUAAUGUACGAACAGCUUGUCUGCAGGUUUUGUUAUCGAAGAAAGAAUGAACAUAUCUUACACAAGAUUUUAUUUGAAAUCAUUUGCAUGGUCGUGUGGCAGUGAAGCAAACAGUUUUAUUAAUUGUUUUCUAUAUAGUGUAGACAUGCAAGCAGGCUUGGCACAAUUACUAAGUAAUACUAUAUUUCUACCUGUGAUGAUAUUUAUACUAACAAUACUAGAUAUGAAUCUCUUUUUGUUAUGAUAUCAAAAGAAAAUUUAAGUACUUGUAAAUGUGAGCCAACUUUUUCUCUUGAAUCAGCAUGAUAUUAACCCUUACCCUGCUAAAUUUCUAUAAUGGACUGGUCCAUCUUUCAAUUAGCGCAGUACCAUGUAUUAUUUGAAGGGGUGUUCACUGAAAAUUUACUGACUGAAUAGGAUGUGCAGGCUGAUCUUGGUCUGCACUGGUCGCAAAGGCAGAAUCACUUGCCGGCAGCAGGCUAAAGGUUAAAAUAGACAUUAAAAACAGUUUCAGUACUAUAACAAAGACGUGUUUUUGUUGUAUCAUUUCCGGAAUCCUGAAAAACUCUCUAGGUUUUCGAAACAAACGCAUACUACUUUAGGUUGUCUGCAUCUAUUAAUCAAAAUGGACUCCGUGUAACUGUAUCAGAAUUCAGAUUAAACAGGUCCUAUGGGCGUUGUAUAUUUCAUUCUCUUUCAUAAACAGACUCGGUCAAAUCGAGAUUUUUUUUUUCAUUGUUGCAUUUGAGACAUCAAGAGAAUUUUUGAAUUAUGUUAAUCAACUUAAUCACGUCUUGGCAUGGUUGUAUUCUUUACUUCCAGAGGAUCUUAUAUAUUUUAUUAAUCAAAUGAAACACGAUUUUGGGUGCAUGCAUUCAAUGCUUCCAGAGGAUCUCUUAUGAAAUUUAUUGAUCAAUCUUAUCACGAAUUUGCAUAGUUGCCUUUUAUGAUUUCAUGGGAUCUUUUUAUCAAUUUUGUCAAUCAACUUAAGAUUUUCUUGGUUACAUUCUAUGCCUCCAGAUCAUUUUCUGUAAGCUAAUAAAAUUUAUUAAUAAACUGAUUAUGAUUAUUACAGACGUUUUGAACGGUGUGUUAAUAAAUACAAUGUGUAAUGUA